AGCCGUGGGAGGGAAGAGACGGCGGCGGCAGGAGAUGCCCAAGUCGUGCGCGGCCCGGCAGUGCUGCAACAGCUACAGCAGCCGCAAGAAGCAGCUCACCUUCCACCGGUUCCCCUUCAGCCGCCCCGAGCUGCUGAAGGAAUGGGUGCUCAACAUCGGCCGAGGCAACUUCAAACCCAAGCAGCACACGGUCAUCUGCUCGGAGCAUUUCAAGCCGGACUGCUUCAGCGCCUUCGGCAACCGCAAGAACCUGAAGCAGAACGCGGUGCCCACGGUGUUUGCUUUCCAGGAGACAGCACAGCUGGUUAGGGAGAACACAGACCCUGCUGGCGAGAGGAGCGAUGCACAGGGGCAGCUGGGGAAGGACUUCUCAGCUGCAGGGGCUGGGGAAUAUACCCCAGAAAGGAAGAUGGAAAAUCCACUUGACAAGCACCAGCUCUCUUCAGAUGCUGAGGCUUCUGAAAACGAGGCCUCCUCCUACAGGACAGAAGAAAUCGCCUCCCGCCUCCUGCCCACCAGCUCCCCAGGGCAGAGAGGGCCACUUCCCCUCCCGGCCUCAGAUCACAGCUAUGCCCUCCUGGACUUAGAUGCUUUAAAAAAAAAACUCGUGCUAACACUGAAGGAAAAUGAGCGGCUCCGCAGGAGGCUAAAGAUGCAGAGGAUGGCAAUGAGAAAGAUGUCCAGCCGCCUUCAGGCUCUCCAAGAGGGUAAGAGGCGCCAGAAAGCCCUGCAGAGGGAAGAGGAGAGACCAGUGGCCUGAGCCAGUGGAGCUCCCUCCUCAGUAAGGUGGACAGCGGCCUGUCGAGGCUUUUUCCAGGGCCCUGCUCCUGCCAGCACCUUGGAAAGACUAGCACCCAGCACAAGGCGGAGGAAAGGAGUGUUGGGGCAGUAAAGUAGGAGGGAAAAACCCUCACUCGCUGCCAUGUUGGGUCGGAAAGGGAAGGAGGCCAAACAUAGAUCAGGUUUGAUUCCAUUGCAGUGUUUGUUUUCUUGCUAAUCCUUCCUGCCUUUUCAACACAAAGAGGCAGAUGAGGGUAUGGUGUGAGCUAGGCUGCAAGGAUGCUUUAAUUCAAGGGGAUUCACUCGAUGUGAUGGUGGAAGAGGAAACCAGCUGGGUCUCUUUUGGAAAGUAUGGAAGGAUGCAGAGAACAGGGUUUUCUCAGGUGGUACCUGAGGCCGUUCUGCUGACGG